AAAGAGCACAAACUCAAGAAAGGGGCAGGCUAUCACCUGGACCUGUUCUGGGUGGCCAUCCUGAUGAUCAUCUGCUCUUUCAUGGGCCUGCCGUGGUACGUGGCUGCCACUGUCAUCUCCAUCGCCCACAUCGACUCUCUGAAAAUGGAGACUCAGACGUCGGCCCCUGGGGAGCAGCCCAAAUUCCUGGGCGUCAGGGAGCAAAGAGUUACCGGUAUCUUCGUGUUCCUCCUGACGGGACUCUCUGUCUUCAUGGCCCCUAUCCUCAAGGUGCUGCAGCGCUCCAACUUCUUAAUUCUUCCAUGGAAAUAUGGAUUACUGUCCGCCUCUUUUAGGACAAACUCCUGUCACCCCUCUUAAAUUUGAAAUAAU